AUCCCACACACAGCAACAACUACGCUCCACCUACUUCUUUCGAGGAUCUCUCUCGAAUAGCUAGAAUUGUGAUUGCCGUCCAACGACUCCAGGUUCACGUGAGGUUAUCUAUAAGUAUACACCCCAGCGUUCCAACACCGUGGGCAGGUAAUAUAAUUACAUUUUUCUUUAGUUAUUCAUUUCGUCACCAUUCUCGGAUUCACGACUCCGAAACCCUUUCAAACAUAGGAAGGAAGGUAGUAAUACAACUAGUAGGCUGAGCCUUUAUUAUGAUUAGAGAUAAAUUAUUCUUUGUAGUACCAAAACUUAGAUCGAGCGUUUCACACUACAUAAGCACAUUUUUAUACCUAUUCCUUUAUAUUACAUUCUUUAUAGGUAUUUCUACGUGAUUAUCUUAUUAUUUUAAAUAUAAUUAUCUUCUACUUCUAUACAUAGUGUCCUAAGUCUACUAUCCCAUUAACCACGCCUCUCUCUUUAUAUCAUCCCCCGUCGUAACUACUUUUAACUCACCCUCUCAUUUGCUCCCACCCCAUUCCCCUUUUCUUUAUUUUUCUUUACCUUUCCUAUUUUUUGUAUUACUACAGAAAUACGAAAAAUAACUUAACUAUGCCAAUAAUAAAUAUACGAUUAGUAGGUUGUAGGUAUGUAUAGUAUAUCCUUUAUACAUAUAUGAUAAUCUCGAAAUUUGUUUAGUACAACAUUCGUGUCAAAAUGCGGUUACAAGAUAUUUGCCGUCUCCUCAGUCUUUCUCUAAAUUAAAAUUCACGUAAAAUUGAAUAUUUACAAAGCAAAUAUUUAGUAUGCAAUUUUAUUCUCAUUCGAAAUAUUUUUUAUCGAUAUUUUACUAUAAUCAAGCAAUAAAUUGAAGAUAAUAAAUCGAUAUUCGUAAGAUUUUUGCUACCAUAUCUAGCGAUCAUUGACCUAUGAUGUAGAAUAAAAUGUGUACGUGAACGUUGUAUUGGAAAUAGUAAUUCAAUAGGUAAAUAGAUCAUUUGAUUAUUCGAAAUAAAUACAAACAUAUAUUAUUAUUAUUAUUAUGAUGAUUAAAUAUCAAACAUAGUAAUAAUCUCUCUAUAUUGAUAAUCAAAAUCGACUUUCUUGAUCAAUAAUUAGAUUUAAACAAUCCAACAAAAGAAGGUCACUUUUUGUUUUUUUGUUGAUGCAAUAUUAACGAUAGAAAUUUAUGACAAGUUUAUACUAAUGAAAUCUUCGUGUCAAAAUUAAAAAAAAAAAAAAUCAAAUGAUAUCUAUUUAUCUAUUUUGUUUGGUUUUUUACAAUUAUCAUAAAAACUAUUUCGGAUAUCAAAACACAUUUCUUUCUUUGUCAGUAGCUAUAUAUUAAAAGAAACGACAUUUAUCAAUUGUUAUCUGUCAAUUGAAUCACCAUUUCUAAAAGAAAACAUAAACUGCAAUAAUAAAAUACUAUGAAGACGGAAACGCCACGCACAUUAAAUAUCGGCAGCUUUACCUAUAAUUUUCUUUCAGGUAUUACCCAAUUAUUUUGAAAAACCCUUAGAUAUGUUACAUACAAUGUCCGGAAUUGUACAUUUCGUAAUGUCUACAGUGAUUUUUAUACACAUCGUAAACUGUACAAAGUAACUCACAUUCUAACCAAGAUCAUGCAGUUUUUCACAUAAAAAUCGUCAUUAUAUUAUACAACCGAAUAUUUUAUUGAAUCUUUAUAUUAAUAAAAAGUAAACAUUUUUUUUUCUUUAGGGACAUUGGAAUAUUUUUAUGUUUUUGUAUUGCAAUAUCACAUAUUACCAAGCGAAAAACAUUUAUAUCACAUUUAAUAUCACAGUUAAUGUAAUCCGUGACGAUUAUAAGAUAGAUUCAUAUCAUUCAUCGAUAUUAUUAUCACCGUGAAAAGUAUAUUCAAAGGAUAAAAUAAUGACAUUUUUCGGUUAUUGUAAUAACUCCGUCGACUUGUAAACUGGUACGGAUGUACCAAUGAGUACCAAAACAAUACCUUCAUAUUUCGUUUUUUUCUUCUAAAAUUGUAUGCUCAUUUUACAAAAAUAUAACUUUUUUUGUAAUUAUAUAAUAGUGUAGCGGCCCAUAUAAGAACCAGUUCACAUGGAACAUUCUCAAUUUCCGAUAGGCCAAUUCGUCCCUAAGUAUACUAAUAUGUAAAGAUAUAAUAUAUAAUAUCCACGUAUUUUAUUUUAUUUCAAAAUAUGUACAGUGAUUGUUGUACGCAUCCCGAUUGUAUAAUGUAAUUGAAUACAGUCUUGUUACUUUGUACAGCGACUUUGCACGGUUCGCGAUGUGUUCAGAAAUCACUGUACACAUCGAAAAAUGUACCGUUCCGGACUUCGUAUGUAACAUACGGAUGCUUUUAAAUUAUUAUUAUUUUUUGGAUCAGCUUUUGAGAUUAAGAUUAAGAUUUCCCAAAAUAAUCUAUACAAACAAUUCAUAAUAACGCUCUUUGAGCAUAAACUUUGAUAAGUUCUCUUAAAUUAAAGAAAAAUAAAUCAUAAAUGCAAAUUAUGGUACUAGAAGACGACUCUUCGUCUGGAUUGGACGUAAUAACUGUAAAAAUCGUAAAAUUACAUUACUAAGCUCUAAUUAAUUUACCUUUUAUUAGGCUAUUUCAAUAGGUACUGUACUAAUUAAUUGAAAUAGUAAGUAAGUACACCAUUUAUAAAAAAAUAUACUAAUCUAAUAUUGAAAAUUAUCUCUAAAUCCCUCAAUUAUCCAAUAUUGCUAAACAAGAUUGAGAAACAUAUAAAAUACGUGCGACCAAGUAACGUAUCUUUAGUCAAAAAAUUUAUUAACUAAAACACAAUUUGGUUUUAAACCUGCUAAAAAUUCAGAACAACCUAUUAUAACAGCAUCGAACUUUGUCUAUAAUUCUAUUAAAUAAAAACAAAAAAAAAUUGAUAACUGCAAAAAUUGUAUUUUCUAGAUUUUAUCAUUAUAAUACAUAAAUAAUUAUUUUGUAAACGAACGACCUGUCUAUUAUGUAACUCAUGGGCCACUACGAAAUAUAUUCAAUGGACUCCAUUAUUAUUUUAAUAUCACGAAUGUACAAGAAUAAAAGUAUUUUUUCUAUGUGGAAAAAUCAAAAGCGAUUUUGUAUGCAGAUGAUAUUAAAUCAUGUUCGAUAAGAAAAUAAUUACGUGAAUAAUGUCAACUCGGAACGUAAUAAUUCUACAUUGUUAUUCAGUAGCAUACGUUUAGACUACAGACGAUACGACAUUACACAAAUACGAAAACUGAAAUACGAACAGCAAUAUGAAACGUUUAGCAAUGUUUUUGAUAAUACCCGUAUCAUGUGUAGUAUUGAAGAGCGCAAAUAAAAACUUCUUCCCAAAUCUUCCAAUCGUAAGUAAUUACAAUUAUUUACCAAUAUUUUUCUUUUAUUUUACAAAUACUUUAUUUAUUAAUAAUACAAAUAGAAAAUUAUUAAUUAUUACCUAUGAAACUAUAAUUUAAAUGAUUCCAGGGGGAAUACAAAGUAUAUCCCAGAGCGAUUAUACAAUGUAAACGAUUGGUAGAACAUGUAUUUGAAUUCAAUUUGUAUUUGAACAAAAUAUCUACAAACUCUUCAGAAGUUAGGGGUAAUUUUACAUUUAAGAAAGCAUUAGAUGAUUCCUUCCAAGUAAGUAUAAAAUAAAUAUAUAUAAAUAUAUAAGGAAAAAUAAAUCGUUUGAAAGUAUUUUUUUUAGAAAAAUAUAACGUUGGAAAGUUUUUUUCGGUAAAAUAAUUCAUCAGAAAAUAUUCCGUCGAAACAGUGUUUUGUUGGAAUAAUAUUAAGUCAAACAGUUUUUUUUUCGAAAAACUAAUUUAUCGUUAAGUAUUUUGUCGGAACUGUUUAAUAUAAUUUCAUCAUGAGCCCUUCGUGACUGCAUGUUAUCAUCGUUUCGGUAAAAAAACCAUUCCUACAAAAUAAAGUUCUGUCAAAAUAUGUUCCAAUAAAAUACGGUUUCUGAAAAAUAUUUUUCCGAAAAAUUAUGGUUCCAACACGCUUCCUAUUACAUAGUAACAAAAUUGCCCAAGUGCAUUUAUUCAAUUUAUUAAAUUGUAUGUUAACAUUAAUUUUUCCAUGUAGAAAGUAAUAAUUUUAAAUACAUUUUUUUGAUAUUAUCCUUUACAGUCGGUUAUUUUUAAAGCUGGAGAAAGAAUAUUAUAGGGACAAUUUAGCCAUAUUAUUGCAAUUUGUCAUUUUUGGCAUUUAUUCACGUUUUGCAAGACGGUGAUGAAAUUUAGAUACCUAUAAUUAUGGGUGUAAUGUGAAGAGGGGAUCUAUUGCAUUUAAACCCUCUCCACCAUUGCCAUAAUAAUUUUAGAUUCGGAGCGUAGCACGGGAUCUAUUGGUUUUACAACAAAGUGUAUUUUUUUUUCUGCUUUUUUUAAAAGAAAUAUUGAAUCGAUGUAUAAUGUAGUACUUAAUUUUGAUUUGGUAGAUUUUCUGUAGAUAAACUGUUAGAAUGGCUUGAAAAUUUGAUAGGAGGUAAUUGUUAGAAAACAUAAUCUGCCAUAUUAAUAUAGGUUCUAUGAAGACGGUAACGACGUGGCGUGCAGUAAAUAUUGACAGUUUUACCCAAAAUUUUCAUUUAGGUGUUUCCUAAUUAUUCUGAAAACCCAUUAUACAAAUUAAAAAAACAACUUCCUCUACUAAUUAGACGUAAUUAUCUUUCAGAAAAUGUGCUACAUUCUAAACAUUAGGGCAAGAUUUCUGGCACAAAAGUUGUUCACAGACACAAAAAUUAAAAAAAAAAAACACAUCUUAAAGCCAAUAGAUCCCUCGAUUUCCUCCGAAUCCUAAAUAAUCUAUAAAAACUUUCAUAACGUUUAACACUCGUUACCAUAAACAAAUUGUAAUUAUUGCACAAUUUUAACAGAAAGUUAUGUAGUUAUUUGCGUAAUGAUAGUAAUUAUGUGAUUUAAAAUGAAAAUUAAAUUUACAUUAUUUCCAUUUGACUUUAAAAUAUUUCAAUAAAAAUUGUAUUAUUCAACUAAUUUAAUGUGAUGUUAAAUAUUUGUAAAUAUUUCUUGUGUACCGAAUGACAAAUUCAAUAAAAAUAACUUUUUUUUUUUUAGUUGAAAGUGAAUUUUGCUGUCAAAGAUUCAAUUGGUGAUUGGAAAGACAAUUAUUUUUUUUUCCAAACCCGGAAAGCAUGUACAUCAAUUAAAACAAUUUGUGGUAACCUAUCAUCAAUGGUAUUGGGAAGUAAUAGUAGUUAUAAUGGCAAGGAUUGUCCAGUUCCUGCUGUAAAUAUGAUUGAAAUGUAUUUAUAAAUAAAAUGUUCAUAAAAUAAUUUUAUGUUUAGGGUGUAUAUGUUUCAAAUGGUUUUGAUCUAACAAGUUUUAUAGACAAUGCGAAUGUACCUAAACAAUUUUUUUAUGGGACUUACAAAAUUCGAAUUGAAUUUGUUGACAAAAAAAACAAUCAAGUUGGCUGUAUAAUUUUCAUUGUAGUUUUCAAACGUCCGUGGGAAACAGAAUGAAUCAUUUGACGAUAUCAUGAAGUUAUAUUUAUUUCCUUAAAUAGAACACCUUUGUAUCGUAUGCCAGGUAUUUUAAAAAAAUCAAUUAAUGUAAGUCGAUUGUGAUUGUUCUUAAUUGACUACAUUACCUUUUUAUUUUUUCAUAUUUUUUGUUUAUAAUAUUUUUGAUUUUUAGU